AUGAGUUCCUUACAGAAGCUCACGUACCUGGAUCUGAGGCUCAACCAGCUGACAGGGUCCUUCCCAGACAGCCUCUCCGCGCUGACAUCCCUCCAGGAGCUGUGGCUUGACGGCAACAAGCUCACUCAAACACUUCCAUCUGCAAUUGGCAACCUUGUCGAAAUCAGAAAUUUAUCUCUGGCCAACAACAACUUGUUUGGACGCAUACCAGACGCAGUCACGCUGCUCACAAAGCUCAAGACUUUCGACCUCUCUCACAACUAUCUCACAGGUGGCCUUGUGAAGCCUGCUAACGUGCUGGCUGUGCUUUCAUACAACUACCUCUCGGGCACUCUGCCUGGACAGCCGUCAGACUUGCUUGAUUCCAACUGCUUCAAACUGGCUCCAGGAGAAACUGAGCCGGUGCAACGCACGCAGUCAACAUGCCGCGCGUUUUGCGGCAUCUCAAUGGGUUCUGCCGCUGGUGGUUGCAGCGGCCAUGGGGUGUUGUGCUAUCCCGACGGACCUAACUUGGUGCCUACCUGCGUUUGUGAAGCGGGGUUUUACACGUUUCGAAGAACGUAUUGCCUUGCGGAAGAAUCGGUCCUUGCUGCCCCACUCGAAAAGGCUAUUCUUCCACCGUCAACAGUGCUGAUGGCAGGAGUGAAAGCAGAGGCCAAGGGAAUGUUCACUUCUGAUCCGGUGCCUCUCUUUGUGUACGAGAAUGGGCGAGAGGAUCCGGGCUGUGGGUUUGAGCUGGCCUUCAGUGUCAACUUCACCUUCGCCCUCUCGCCCAAAGCCAAGGCCGCUUCAAACGGCUUUGCCUUUGUUGUGUCGGCAACCAAGACUGUGGGGAGCAGUGUUGGAGUGGGGUUCAGUGGGAUGGACAACCGCAGCAUGGCGAUUGAGUUUGACGUGUUUCAAAACAAGCCACAUGGCGACAUGAAAGACCAGCACGUGGGGCUGAAUAUCAAUGGCCAGGAGAAAUCAAUCGCGGCUGUGAAGUCCCCAUUCCCACUGGCCAACAAGAAGCCGUACACGGCAUGGGUGGACUAUGUUCCUGGAGACCCUGGCACCAUCCGGGUGUUCCUUGCAACAACAGCAGUGAAGCCAGCAAAGCCGCUGCUAGACAGGCGGCUGUCACUGUGUGCGGUGCUGCAGCCGGGGCCACCGCAGGGGGAAGGAAUGGUGGAGCUGCCGCGGGCGUUCUACUUUGGCUUUGUGGCGUCCACCACAUUAAAGCCGUUCAUGAUUCAAACCAUCCUUACCUCUGCCCUGCGCACAGAUGCUCCUCCUGCACGAGAGCCAGUCACCAUUUCUCCAGCCUACGGUUUAGAUGUAUCACUGAACACGUACGUACCUGCACGGGCGAGCCCCUUCCCGCGCUAUGUGAGUGCAGACUACCGAGUGUCGGCCGGGCAGAAGGACUCGUGGGUCUUCAGGGACCUCCACUCCUGGGACUCUGUGCCCUUCCUGGGCUGGCCUGUCAAGGACCAGAAAGAUUGCAAUGCAUGCUGGGCAUACGCAGUGGUGUCGAGCAUAGAAGCAGCAUACGGCAUUGCAAUGAAUCAAGAGGCCCCAGUGAUCUCAGUGGACUCGCUCUUCACAGCCAUGAAUCUCACCACCCAGGCAGCCAAGUGCACUGCUGGAGGCUCCCCAACUGAAGCAUUCGAGAAGCUGAUGGCGCUGCCUAAAGGGGCCAUCACCAUGGAAGGAAAUAAGAAAAUCAUAUACCCUGUCCAGGGCUUUGAGCGCACUUCCUUCAAGGGGUAUGUGGGGCUCAUGCUGGCAGUGCAGCGGCAGCCAGUGGUGGUUCACGUUGAAGCACUGGCUGCUUCGUUCGCCAAAUACGAUGGAACAUUCAAGUACCAGGACCCUGGCUGCUAUACCGGCAACCUUAAUCACGUUGUACUCGUUAUUGGAUAUCUCGUGUUGAGGAAUGAUGGGAGCGAGAACCGCAUUGCACCGCCUUUUUGGAUCAUCCGCAACUCGUGGGGCGAGGCAUGGGGAGACAGGGGCCACAUGCGCAUGGACAUGCAGGGAGGGGAUGGCGUGUGUGGCAUAAAUGUGCUGCCUGGCAUCUACCCCAUUGUCAAGAUUCCAGGGGACCCGUGUGGCUUGAAGAGUUACAAGGGCGAUGGAGACCUGCAGCCCAGCAUGAACCCGUGCGGUCGCUUCACCUGCACGCCCUUACCCAAGACCAACAACAACACCUGCACCUGCACUCUUCCCACCCCCCAGACCAAGCAGCCCUUUAUUGAGGGUGCAAACGGCUAUGGAAACACCUGUGUCUAUGUGGACGUGUGUGGGUCAUACUUCAAGAACCCUUGUGCCGUGGGCACAUGCAUCAACGAUGGCAAGGGCGCCUAUUCCUGCAUCUGCCCUCUCAACUACGUCCCCAGCACAACCAUUGACAACUUCCCCACCUGCGACCCAGCUAACACCACCGCGGUCAACAUGGUUGUGAAAGGUGACAACUGGUGGUGCUCUGACAUCUACCCUCUCGUGGGCCUCACGCUAUCGCAGUUCACAUCGCAAAACCCAUCUGUUUUGUGCACUAAGGCCUUGCCUAAAGGAAGAACGCUUCGGAUUGUCAAUACUCCUGCCGUCCCCUGCACUGCAUACUUCUACACUCUCAGCGGAGACACUUGUCUUUCCAUCGCCAAAUCUCUUCGCACCACCGUGAAUGAUCUCCUGAAUAUCAACCCCGGCCUUGAAUGCACGCAAACCAUCAAGGCUGGCUGUUCUAUCUGUGUGGAACGCAAUGAAACCUAUGCCUACAGCGUCCCUGAGUGUGUGAAAUACACCAUUCUCACAGCAGACGACACGUGCGAGAAAAUGCUGCAGGGGCAGGGAUUGCAGAACGAUCCGUCUGUCUGGGCUGAGCUCUACCGCAACAAUCCCGGCCUUCUCUGCUCCAACGUCGUCCCUUCCUCUGCCUCGGCCGUUGGCAGCAAUGCUGGCGUGCAGGUGUGCCUCAAAGCUGAGUAUUGGCCGUUUGAACUCGGUAAAUGCAAUAAGGGCCGGCCCAAGAAUGUGACCCCAUCGCUUUCCUGUUCUGCUGCCUACAGCUACUAUGGCGGCACUAAGGCCCAAGCAGCUGCGGAUUUCAAUACCUACAAUGGCAAUGCCUGUGCUAAGAAUGUUGGGGCAAAAUUCAUAUGCGUGCCACGCUAG